GGCCCCAUUUAAAUUUUGUAUGGAAUCGAGCAUACCUUUCUUGCUCUUGUGUGGUCCGCCGAGUUGCACUUGCACGCCUCCCGACCGACUCGCCCACCCGCCCGACUACGCACGCCGCCAGGCGCGUCCUCCCUCUCCGGCUAUUUAAUUAAAAUUUAAAACUGAUCGAAUCGAGAACGGCAAGCCAUCGUCGUAAUCGUCAAACGAAAGCGAACGACCCACCCCCGCAGACACGGACAGAAAGACAAGAAAGACUUCGACGACUUCAAUUCAAAUCCUUUCAUGUUUUCCCAGACCGGCGAGAUCACACGACGACGGCAACGUUCAGACCCUUUUUUUCUUUCUGGUUUCGAACCUUGCCUUCUGGAAUUCUCCUCUUUGCACGAUUUUAAAUUUACUUGUGAUUGGUUUCUACAGCAGCAGAAACAGUUUUUUGAGGAUGGAAUUCCAGUGGUGACUUCUUUCUGAUGGACCGGUUAACUAUGAAGUCAUUCUUCAACAUUCUGGCCGAGAGAGAUGCUGCCAUCUAUGAACGAAACCUGGCGUUGGCUGAGAAAAAAGCAGCUCUGGCUGAACGAGACAUGGCGCUUGUGGAGCGAGAUGCAGCACUUUCUGAGCGUGACAGUGCCAUAAUUGAAAGGGACAAUGCCAUUGCUGCUCUCCAAUACCAUGACAAUUUCAUCAAUGGCAGUAACCUUGCCCAUGUGCAUACUCUGCAUGUGAAUGGAAUCCCCCGUGCAGCAAAAUCCUUGCAUAACCACCAGCAAACGCACCAUCAUCUUCUCCCUCACCCCUACAAUGAAGCUUACAGUCCGAAGGAAUUCCCUGUAAGCGAAACCUCUCCAGUUUCUGCGGUUGCUUCUGAGAACAUAAAGCAUGGGACAAUUAAGCGAUCAAAGAAUUCAUCCAAAAGGGUUAAAACUGAGGCAGAACAUCUGAGCAAGCAAGUUACGAUUGCCUCUUCACACGGGUGGGAAAACGGGCAAGACCCUGGUAUUAAGUGGGAAGAUCUAAGCCGGGAGCUUGGGGUGCCAAAGCACGAAUGGAGGGAUAAUCUGGGUCUGAACCAAGUGAAUUUUGACGAGUCUUCCAUGCCGGCACCGGUUUGCUCCUGCACUGGAGAAGUCCAACAGUGCUACAAGUGGGGGAAUGGGGGGUGGCAGUCCGCCUGUUGCACCACCACUAUGUCGAUGUAUCCGCUGCCGCAGAUGCCAAAUCGGCGGCACACUCGGGUCAGUGGCCGGAAAAUGAGUGGAAGUGCCUUCACCAAGUUGCUUAGCAGGCUUGCUGCAGAGGGUCAUGACCUAUCAAUACCUCUUGAUCUGAAGGACCACUGGGCCAAGCAUGGCACCAACCGGUAUGUGACCAUCAAGUAGGGUAGCAGGCGACCUAGGGAAACAAAGGGGUAUGGUGUUGGGAUAGGUAUACGUUAGAGAAAAAAGGAAAGUGGCUUUUGGAUCUUUGUUCCGUAAGUGUAGGAAUUUGACUCAGUUGACCCUUCUAUAGGGAUUUUGUCUUAUAAAAUUUUCAUUUUUAUUUUUUGUUUACCAAAGACAACAACAAAAACAAAAAAAACAAUCCCUCCUAUAAUCAAAUUUACAGUUUUUGAUAGUUUUUGUCAA